AUGAUGAUCAAGGGAAGCAUUUGUGUUUCAAGUCCGCUUACACCAUUCACUACUUACAAUUAUUUCACCUCACUUGAAGCCAACGUAUCUGACCUAUGGUGGAAUGUAAACGAAACUAGUCAGGAAAUUAUAUUUGAAUUUCAUGUUAGAACUACAGGCUGGAUUGGAUUGGGCAUUAGUCCAGGUGGUGGCAUGCCAGGUGCUGAUAUUGCUCUCGGAUGGGUUGAUCAGGCAGGUACUGCAUAUAUUCAGGAUCGUUAUGCUUGCAGUUACUCACGACCUAUCACGGAUAAAACUGAAGUAAAUUGGAUUCUUCUUCAAGGUCGUGAGAUCAAUGGUUGGACAGCUAUCCAAUUCAAACGAAUGUUUGACACGUGUGAUCCAAUGGAUGUUCCAAUUAUGUCUGGUACCAACAACCUUAUUUUUGCCUAUGGACUUGACGAUCCUGAUCUAUCACAACCAAACAAUGAUAUUAUCUAUCAUGCAAAUCGGCGAGGUUCACGUACACUACCAUUACGCUCAUAUAGCAAUCCACCGUCAGCAUCUAAAUUUGCCACUUUAAAUUCAGUUGAAUUUCGCUUGGAUAAUUAUGUUGUUCCAUCAGAAGACACAACCUACUAUUGUAAAGUGUUCAAGACUCCAACUGGUUUUAUAACCAAAAGACAUGCUAUUGCUUACGAGGUCUUGAUCGAUCCAGUCAAUCUCGAUAUUGUUCAUCAUCUUCUGUUGUAUGAAUGUGAUCCAACAACCAGUUUCAAUGAUACAAUACUUCCACAAGGAUUAUGUGAUCAAAUAGGUAUUCAAGUGGCAACGUGUACGGUGAAUAUAGCUCUCGGAUGGGCGGUUGGCGGAAACUUUCUAGUAGAAUAUCCGGAAGAAGCUGGCUAUCCAAUGGGUGCCGAUUUUUCUGUAGUAUACUACAUGAUUCAAAUGCACUUUAAUAAUCCAGAAAGAAUAUCAAAUCGGGCCGAUAAUUCUGGUAUUCGAUUCUUUCUUGGAGAUACACUUCGUCAAUAUGAUAUUGGUUACUUAACACUCGGAGUGCUGGCAAAUGAAGUGAGUCUAGCCAUUCCACCAAAUGUCGAACAGUUCAAUGUCGACUCAUAUUGUCCUAUGGAAGUGACAGCGAAUAUUCCAGAAUCUGGUAUCACUGUCUUUGGAGCCUUUCCACAUGCACAUUUGCAAGGUAAGCAAGUAAUCGGUGAAUGA